AUGGGCAGGUUGUGUCGGAAUGCGGCGUGCACCAAAAGUCAUAGCUGGAGGCAGGCGAGGCGAGCUGGCGCCGCUCUUGCCAUUGCCGGUCUGGUGAACGUACCGAAUAUACGAGCAACAAAGUCACCACAGCCGUCUGUACGUCGAGGUGUGUGGAGACAAACACUCAACUCAUUACUCGCAUCAAAUGUUUGCUCACACUAA